GCCUUCCCUUCCCCUAAAUACGUAAUAAAUACGUACGUUGUCUCAAUUUACUUAUUUGUUCACGCGUAGUCAGAAAGUAGAAGUACGUAAUAAUCACCAGCCAUCACUAGGAGCAAAGAUCCCACAGCGAAGGACGACGACGACGACUGAUGUAAACUUACUAGAAGAUCUCCUUCGCGACGCGCUUCUUUUUUAAAGCUUUUUUUGUCUUCGUUCCCACUGUUCAUCGGGAGAUCUAUUUGACAGCAGAAGUUGAAGUGCUGUACUUCUUUACUUCUUGCGCGCCACAGACGUGUGGAACGAAUCCGCUGGGGGCAGCAUUAGAGCGGUAGAAAAAACCCCUGCGUACGUUGUUUUCUCUGUUCGCUUUUUGGAAAGCGAGUAGACAGUGGUAAGGAAACACGCAAAAGACCGGAGGUUCUGUCAUGUUGUCUGCAACACCCGACAAGAGCAAGCGAGCCGGCAAUUUUCGCCGCGCCGUUCUUGCGGCACGGUUGGGGUGCCUCCUGCAGCCGAGCGUGAUUGUUUCGGAUCUCGAUGGCAUAUUGAACCAGCAGAAUGGGGUCUUGGUGCGGGCACUGCAGCUGCAGCAGAAAAGCAGACGAGCGGAAACGAUGGCGCGCACCGGCGCGCAACGGACUCAAGCCGCCCUAGGACACUGCGCAACGGGAAGGUUGUUGGCGCAUAGCAAGGGUAGCUGCGCAGGCAACGGGGAAUUUCUGCGACGCGGAAGCUCCGGAGGUUACAAUUGGUGCCGGAGGCAAUGCGAUAUAAAACGCAAAAAAGAUGAUCAUGUCGUCUGCCAUUUGUCAGGCGGGUUUCAGAAAACGCGGGAAGCUUGUUUUGCCGUUCUGUGGCUUUUCCAAGGGCCAAUCUUGAUGAGGCCACUCCACAAUGCAUGAAUAUAACUACGUUGCUCGAGUUGAGAAAUGGAUGCGGCGCCGCGGCUAACAAGUAGUCGUCACUUGGUAAGUCGAUGCAUAGUCUAUCGUGCCGCUUGGCUAACAAGUACGUACGCCGAGCAUCCCGUAUUUUCUGUUCUUCCCGAUCCGGACAUUUUUGCAGAGGAUAUGAAAUCAAGACAGCGAGUGCAAGUUUUUUUGGGUUUCGAAGUACGACGAUGAAGCGGACAGCCGGUGCACGCUCUACAAGGCGUGCACUGUAAUGGAAGAUUCCGCUGAUUAUCAAAAGUGCCAAAAUGUUGCUGCAGACGAAGCCAAGCUCCAGCAAAUAGCACAGCAAGACAGAGGCAUUUCCCCCUGCGACGCGAUAUACGAGUGCAUCGAGCCAUGCGUUGCAAACAGCAACGGCUGGCUGCCGAGCUGCGGCGGGUCCGACGUCGACUGCGGCACGUUCAUGGAUAUGAGUGACCUGGGAGAGAGCAACCAAUGCAUGGUUGACGUGACCCAAAGCGGACUGACUGUGCCUCCCGCGGCGACCGCUACAGGAUGGUCCCAGCACUCUCGCGAAGGCUGCGAGGCCGCCUGCGUCGAGCUGGGCGACGAGUGCGCCGGCAUCGUGCAGUACGGUGCGGACCUGUGCGGCGUGCUGAGGACCAAUGAUGCGAACAAUGCAAUCACAUCGGGGAACGACCUCCAACUGGUACCCUCCGCUACGUCCCCGUACGAGUGGAAGGGCAUCAGUCGGUACUGCGGGACCUGUUCGGCGGCGGAGGACACGUGCGCAGAAAAAAGCAGCGUCUGGCUGCCGGAGUGCGGGGCAGGAGGUGUUGAGGACUGCGGGACAUUUAAGACGUUGCUGGCCGACGGCGAAGACCAGAACUGCUGGGUGAAAAUCAGUCCCGCGUUCGCCGAUUUGGUUCUGCUCAGCCCUCAAUACGCUCCAGACAAAGCGCACGAUGAAUGCAAAGCUUUGUGCACAGGGGCGCCAAACUGUGUCGGGUUUGCGGAGUACGAACCCCGGGAAAACAAUCCAGCCGGGAAGCGCUCCUGCGCCCUGUACAGCUCCGCGGCUGGUGAAGCUGACGACUUCGCAAACGGGAACAGCCUGACUCUUUCGAAAAAGGUCGGCCAUGCGGGGGACUGGAAGGGCAUCAGCCGCUACUGUGGGGCCUGUCCAACUAUGCAUUGCAAAUGUGCAGCUGUCUGGGUUUUGAAAGGUGCAAACUUGUGGUGCUCUCUGCCGAUGACAGAAAAAUACAGAUCUGUCAACAUGCAUGACGAAGACGAGCAAAAGGCCGGAAUUUUUGGCCACGCUGCGAGCGGAAUGCUCAUGCGGCGUAAAAUCGUACAGCUCUUGCAGAGGUAGAGCGAACUGUGGCACUAGUGCUUGCAUACCAGACUUUUUUGGGCAUGCAAAAGCGGCAUUACAAACAGCUGCAAUCUUUCAGACCCAGACGCAUUUGCAUUUGAUAUCAACUUCUACGGCCGCGCCUCCUGCGACCCCGGAGCCAAGCGACGGAACCGUAUCCCCCAUGAAAUAAACGUCCCCGCCAGUCUAUUUCCUAGUAUAGGUUGUUCAUCGUUCUCGUUGGUAUUGCGUCACGCGGCCCACCAGAACUUACUGCUCCUUUCAUGCGGAACUUAGAAUAGUACUAGAUCCUCACGAGACGAGGCCAGCUGGGGUGUCGUUUGCCCAGAGAAGUACUUCAACUUCUAGGGGUCGUAUGUUGUCCCAAAAUAAAUCAAGUCAAAAACGAGGACGCAAGGUAGUGCUGCGGCCGCGCGAGCGAGGCGCUGCCACGCUGCGGACCCAGACUUGCUCUGCGUACUGACCUUCUUGAUUCCACUUGAUAAAUUGUGUGUAGCAGAAGAACGUACAAGAGAAAUAGGGUGGGGACGAUGUUUUGAAUCAGGAUACACGACUGGGACGAACACGACUGGGAACAACACAACCGACACCUCAAGCACCACUGUUGAUUAUGCAAUGCAAAUAGGAGAUUAGGGCCAUUGGGAUAAAUUAUAAAUACUUAAAUAGACGCAUCAUCUACAGAUUGUUCCCGCUAGUAAUGAUCCCGUCAGUUGGUGGAUAAGUCAUUCUCUCACUGCUCACUCCUCUCCGCCGAUCUACUUGUCGGGACGAUUUUCAGAUUUGUUGAAAAUCUACAUGAAGUUGUACUAGAUUAUGUACAAGCAGCGAUCUUCAAAUAAAUUCGAAUCCGCUUCGAGAGUCCUGAUCGGUAUUUGAACUGCAUACUGUUGUGAGCACCGUGACGCCCGAGUGCCCGUCUGCGCCAUAUCAAAUGCAAAUAUGUCUGGGUCUGGAAGAAGGCAACUUGUGAUGCAGCGUUCGGAUUCCAAAAAAAUCUGUAUUGCAUGAGCAGCAAUAAGGGAGUGUAAUUUUUGCUAUGUGGAGAGGGCAUUUGUCAUGCGGAAUAGGCAUCAAGAAGCCCUCAAAAAAUCUGUGAUGCUAGGGCGUGCAUCACUGACACCAUGGCUAAUGCAAAACGUGCAUGACAUGUUUCAGAACCUUCCAGACCCAGACAGAUUUGCAGUGCAUACGCCAACCGAGGUUGCUACCGGCACCGUGACCUACGAGAAAAUCGUGGAGGCGAAAUAUUCAUUGCAAAUUACUUGUCCUCUGGGUCUGAAAAAAUGUUGUUAUGAGGCUAAUCCUAAUUCGUCACUUCAACUUCAACAUUAAUACACCGGCAAGCGUGAUGAAUUGUGGCGUGUUUGACAAGCUGCAUGAUAAAAAAAAAACAGGAUUGCGCUUUUCGGAAGCAGGCAUGCAGGCAUGACAGAUGCAUCUAGAAGAGACCACGUGCCCGCCAGGCAUGCCAAAUCCUUCCCUAUUCACAGACCCAAUAGACAUCCUUAUUUGCAGUGGAUACGAGAAGCCCGAGUGAGCACAUGGCGGCAAGCCCAGACGGCCAGGUGAACCUCGACUCGUGCGCGACUGUUUGCGGCGCAAAGCGCCCGGAGUGUGCGGUUUUUUCGUACUCGGCGGAGGACGAGAAAUGCAAACUUCACACGCAAGCCCAGUACGACAGCGCGCCCACCGCUGCCGGCAACGAAACGCUGAGCGUACUUUUUUGCAAAGAAGCAAAAUUUACACCGGCGGCGAAAGUGGUCGACGGAGGAGGAGGAGGAGGGGAACAACCUGGCCCUGGUGCUGGUGGGGAGCAGAAUCUCGGUGCAGUAACCAAGAAAAAAAAACUGUGUGUAGUCCAGCUUUGUAUGGAUCGUCACGUCGGUGCAGCACUUUUAUAUUAACUCGCAGCACCUUGUGCUUGUUCCUCAAUAGCCGCACACUUGGCAUGUGAGGUGUAGCUACCACUUUUGUAAUCGUAGCCUUUUCGCGCGCCACCUGACCGUGAUGAAUAUUCAUUCACUUCUAAAGAUGCGCGCUCGUGCGCACCAUCGCUUGCAACAUCAACUCCGAUGACGGAAGAAACAGAAAAAUAGCACUUUUGGGACCCUUUUUUGUGCCCUUUUUAAGUCACCAGGGCCAUCAUAGCAUGCGAGCUAGGCAAUUCAUAAGGUCAAACAAAGAUCCAGAAAAAUGGAGCAACGCGCCCUGGUGGCCGUUCUGUCUAAAAUUUAUCUUGGUUGCUUCGAGGUGAGCAAGGCCGUGCGUUCGCGCCUCGGGUUAAAGCCUUCAACUACACUUCGCAAAAGCUCCGCAAUUGCGCAGCAGUUCGUGCUCAUGCAAAUUUACAUAUUCUCUUGCAGUGUCGCAUUAGCUUGUCUCUACACCAAUCAAGAGCGCUACCCAUGACAUCAUAUCAUACGCUGACCGGAUGCGGUUUGCUGCAGGUCCUCCACCUGCCUAGCGGUAUCGUCCAUCCGUGCCCUGCGCGCACUAGCAACCUCCCCUCGUUCACGCGCAGAUCUCGGCGCGCCACCGCGCGCGCGACACAAAGAGGGCAUCCAGUUACCGAACUGACGCUCCCACCCCGCACAACCUGCCCGCCAGCGUGUCGUGCAGAAUAUUGUCAAACCGGCAGUAGGGGGAGAAACCCCUACUGUUACAUCUUGUUUUUCCCUUUCUUACAAUCUAGGGCGCAGCCGGCUGCACCCGGCUGCCUACACAUACUCUCCAGGGGCCCCGUGCAGAGGGCCCCGCUCUCGACGGGUUUCUACUAAGUUGGCUCCUUGAGCCAAAAUGGCUACGGCUCGUGCUCGUGCUCACCACAGCUUGCAACAUCAACUCCGAAGACGCAGGACAUCAACUCCUAUUUCUCAUGAUGAUUUUAUUGGUGAUUCCCUUGUCAAGGGACAGGACAUCAACUCCGAAGACGCAGGACAUCAACUCCUAUUUCUCAUGAUGAUUUUAUUGGUGAUUCCCUUGUCAAGGGACAGGACAUCAACUCCGAAGACGCAGGACAUCAACUCCUAUUUCUCAUGAUGAUUUUAUUGGUGAUUCCCUUGUGGGCGCGCAACUUAGCAAAGCUCACAGCUGCAGCAAUUCAAAAACACCAGCAGCGCGGCUCCACCAAGGUGCUAGCACUCGCCAGCGUUUGCGCCCUCUUUUUUUUUCCCGGAAAAUUCCUAGCAGGAGCGGACGCGGCCUCUCGGGCGCGCCUUUUCGAGCGCGCCAGGCGGCCACGGCCGGGCCCCCUUUUGGCCCCCUUUUGGAUUUUCCCGGAAAAUUCGAAGCACGAGCUAAAGAACCCCAUUCGACCCCACUUUUUCGCAUGGAAAGUGGCCCACUUUCUGGGCCGGAGGCCUCCGGGGGGGGGGCGUCCCAGACCCUCCCGCGGGGGGGGCUUCUCGGAGUUUUCCCGGAAAAUUGGAAGCACGACGGCACGGACACGAUUUGGAGCCCCCCAACCGCCCCCCCAUUCAGGGCCCCUCCGGACCCCCCCUCCGCCCCCCCCUCCCGAGUUUUCCCGGAAAAUUGAAAACGCGCAGAGCCAUCGUGAUUGGUGGUGUGAAUCAUCUGAAACCGCACCUGAGGCGGCAAACCAAGUGCCUGAGUUGAGGUCGGCUGUGGCAUCUUCGCUAGGGUGCUCCUUCGGCAAUUCGUCGAAAUAUUGGAAGGCGCAGGGGCCGGGCGUGGGGCCCCUAGGUAAAAGCGACCCCUAGCCAUUGCAAGGGCUAAAUCUGGGACGCCCCGCCGCAUGCUGCCCGGGCUUUUAGUCGUAUAACAUUGGCUUGGUGCAACACGCCUACAGGGCGGCGGCCUUCCCAGGAAGGACAUCCAGACGCCCUCCCUGCAGCGCGAACAGAUCCGGCCGGGGCAGCGUGUGUCAACGGUGCUUCUUGAUAUAGUGAGGCAGCGAUGGAGGGACGAUUUUUUUUCAAUUUUCCCAAUUCCCAGAAAAUUCCACUUAGUAUCGUGCUCACCACAGCUUGCAACAUCAACUCCGAUGACGCAGGACACUGAAUUGGUAUGCUCGUGGGCCCGAACAGGACCCCGAAGGAACCACCCCCUACCCCAUUCAUGCCUCGCGAAACGUCCUCGCGUCGAAGAGGAACUUCUUAUUGUCGUGCAGCGAUCUUGGGCAUCAGCAUCACAACAGCACAGGCACAUCUUGUAGCAAUUUUCAUUCCACGCUACCGAUCGCUUUCGUUGCUAGCAUCGGUUUGCUCACUCUGCCUUGCCCUUGUUGAUGCAGCUGCAUCUACUUCUUGCAGCGCGGCAGGCCGCUCUUUGUGCACCACUGGCACCCAGGGCCACUCGGCCUUUGUAUCACUAUCUUUUCUGAUCUGUGGUUCCUUCUUCAUCGGAAUUCCGCUGCGCAGCCGGCGGGUUUUCGCAACCCAUAUGCCACCUCCGCCGAGCCUAUUAGUUCGCUAAUGUAGACGGUAAGCGUACUGCUUUCUGGGGUUUAUCCAGGUGUCGCCUGCCCGGGUCCUGGAUUACGUCCACUCGGUGGGUGCCCUACCGGCACAGUGUUCCUCUUCAGACAGCACGGCAUGGUCGAUUUCGCCUCCGUUUUCAUCUGUGAUCCCGCCGCAGCAUUCAUCACUCCGUCAUGCCUGGGAGUCACCCGGAUGACCGGCCCCUGGGCUUGUCCGGUCAGUCAUAUGCUUCCUUUCCGGUCAAUCAUAGGCUUGACAUGUCAAUCAACUCGGAAUUCUUUGACCGUACAUGCUCCUCGCAAAAAAAUCGGUCCUCGUUGGCGUGGAACCCAGGUCGCGCUCGUAUAGAAGUGCGCGCUCGUGCGCACCAUCGCUUGCAACAUCAACUCCGAUGACGCAGGACAGCGCCAGUACCUUGCCGAGCAACAUCAACUUCGCCGACGCCAGCGCCUUGUACUCCUCCGGCCCCAGGCCGAUCAGACCGGCGAUGGAGUGCCCUAGAAAAAAGCAGAAACGGGACCAAGUCCUGUCAUUCCAUACUGCCGCGCACAGCGGCAUGAAAUAUGAAGAAGCUGAUAAAAAACUCCAGAGAAUCAGCAACCGCAGCUCCGGCCCCGUUAGGCGGCGCAAAGCCGCCCACGCUUGCAGCUCGGCUUUGAUUCUACUCCACCCGAUGCGCGCCCCGAUGGAGUUCCAGAGCGCGUUUGACAUAGACAUAUCCGUUGCCAGGGUGUAGCCGACCAUAAUUACCGACGGCUUGACGGUUGGCGCGUUGCCGAACGGCGCAAAAUGCUGAGCCAGGAGCUCGGAGAGCCUGGCCAGGUGUUUUCUUCCUUCCACGGUAGGCGUCUGGCUCACGCGCCAGGAUGGGUUUCCAGCCAUCGCUUCAAAUUUUGCCUUCGACGAAUAUUGUCGCAUGCGGGAUCUGAAGAUGUGCUCUUCGUACUUUUUGAGCGCAUCCAACAUGCGCGCCAGGUUGUCGCUGCCGUGCACGUCCCGAGCCAUGUCGACUUUGAAGGCCUGGCCCCGGUCGUCAAUGCACGUCGCGAUGACGUGCGCGGGCUUGUGCAAGAGAUUGUCCACGCUAGCGACAAGGCCGCGCAGACCAGUUAUUCUUUCUUCAGGUCCUAGUUUGUUAGUCUGCACCGGGGGCGUCACCGCGUUAGCGAAAUACGCGGGGUGGACGUCCGUCGCAAUGUUGUAGUCGCGCCUCGUCUCGUUACAAUAAAACUCUCUGAGACAAAUUCGAUAAGUCGUGGAUUGUGCGUGUGUUGUUCCCUUGUUCUGGGGAAGUAGGAGAUGCGCUGGGGUUAACCUCCCCUGACAACCUCCCACGUCCCAUCAGCCUGCUUCGCAAACCAGGCUCCCUCUCCUUUCCAUUCUUCCUUGCCCGUAUUCUCACAGAAGGAGGUGCUGUCCGCCACAAAGUCGAUCGCUUCUGCGCUGUUAUCGCCUAACACCCGCCACGACGACCCGUUCCUGCCGUUCUGCUCCCACUUUUUCCCGGAUAUUUUCUCUAUUACCGCCCGGCGCGCCGCUUCCUGUUCUCACUCGUGCUCACCACAGCUUGCAACAUCAACUCCGAUGACGCAGGACACUGAAUCGGUACUGCUAUGCUGGACGUUGUUUCAGGAGUCCAAGCGUUGACCUAACGUGUGCAUCAACCUGAGGCAUGUACUACGCAAUAGUUUUUUUCAUGGAUACCGAGCCCCGGAAUUUCAAUGCUGCUAA